UCCCCGGGUCCCCCCACCCCCCUCCCGCGCGCUUUGACGUCGGCCGCGGGCUGCCCGGGGCUCCUGGCAUUGGCUGGCAAAGUCGAUUGUCUGGGGCGGCUGCUGUUACACUUAGGCUGGGUCUCCGGGCCGGGAGGAAGCAGGCGUGUGUUGAAUUUCUCUUUGACCCUCACGGUGGAAUAAACAGGAAGCGAAGAGCACCCAGCCGGGCCCUGCACUUGUCUUUGUUGUGGGCUCUGCGCUCCACAAACUGGAGGAGGUUUCCCGGGACCCCUGCCUGGCGUGCCGUCUGGGUACGGCUGGGGGCGCGCCCUCAAGAAGAGAAACAGAGCACAGAGAACAGCCGAUCAGAACAGGCCAGACUCCCUGGUGAGGCUGAGACUGCCCAGUUUGUGGAAGAUGCUGGCCGCCUCAAGGCUGAGAAGCCCUUCAUCUUGAGGUGAGACAGCGGGUUUCAGCUGGACAGCUUCUCCAUUCCCGACCUCACCAUGGCUUCAACUCUCUGGCUGGAUGGCUGAUGUGACUGUGUGACCCCCAUGCUGUUGGACUGUGUGCCAUCCAGGUAGUGCCUGCUCACAGGGUGUGGGGAGCACAGCCAGUGGGCAUCAGAUGCUCCCAGAAGUUGGACCAGCAGAGUGAUGGACUUGGACAGGCUAAGAUGGAAGUGACCUGAGACCUCGCCCAGGCAGUUUCUUCACAACAGGACAAGUUAAGAAUCGAAACAGGCUUGUCUGGGGAGCAGUAUGCCGGAAGCUGGUUUUCAGGCCACAAACGCGUUCACAGAGUGCAAAUUCACCUGCACCAGCGGCAAAUGCUUGUAUCUUGGUUCACUGGUCUGUAACCAGCAGAAUGACUGUGGGGACAACAGUGACGAAGAAAACUGUCUCCUGGUGACCGAGCACCCACCUCCAGGCAUCUUCAACUCGGAGUUGGAGUUCGCACAGGUCCUCAUCAUUGUCGUGGUGGUCACAGUGAUGGUAGUGGUUGUUGUAUGCCUACUGAACCACUACAAAGUCUCCACACGUUCCUUCAUCAAUCGUCCCAACCAGAGCCAGAGACAAGAGGACGGGCUGCAGCCGGAAGGGUGUCUGUGGCCUUCUGACAGCUCCGUGCAGCGGCCAGGGGCUUCAGAGAUCAUGUGUGCCCCACGGGGCAGGGAUAGGUUUACCACCCCAUCCUUCAUCCAGAGGGAUCCGUUCAGCCGUUUCCAGCCCACCUACCCUUACGUGCAGCACGAGAUUGACUUGCCUCCCACCAUCUCCUUGUCAGACGGGGAAGAGCCGCCUCCUUACCAGGGACCCUGUACUCUGCAGCUCCGGGACCCAGAGCAGCAGAUGGAACUCAACCGAGAGUCUGUGAGGGCCCCACCCAACCGAACCGUGUUUGACAGUGACUUGAUAGACAUUUCUAUGUACAACGGGGGACCAUGCCCACCAAGCAGCCAUUCGGGCAUCAGUGCAGCUACCUGUAGCAGUAAUGGGAGGAUGGAGGGGCCACCCCCGACCUACAGCGAGGUGAUGGGCCACUACCCAGGCACCUCGUUCUUCCACCACCAGCAUAGCAACGCACACAGGGGCAGCAGACCACAGUUUCAGCCGAACAACUCAGAGGGCACGAUAGUACCCAUCAAGGGCAAAGACAGGAAGCCUGGAAACCUGGUCUGACUCCCUUCGGAGUGCACUUUGCAAGGAGAAAGAAACCUCGGCAGGGAGAGAGAGGCCAGCUGGCCCUCCCGCCACCAGUGUUGUCCAGCUUUACAUCCUACAGCUGAGUGAAACCAAAUGUGCAAACGUGGUCUUCGUUUCUGAUUCCUAUCCCGGGAAUUGCAUGCAAACAAGACUGAAACAAUACAAACUUCCAUCCGGUUUGACCACAAACGGUGUUCAUCUUGGGGUAGGGGUGGAGACGGGGGCUAGAGAUGGUGUGAGCUUGACAAAGGGUGUGCAGAGAAAAACCGAGGAUGCUUCAAAGACUUCAUGAAAGUAAGACCCCCAGAGGUAUUUUUGACAUAUUUAAUUCCAAGAGGAGACUGCAGAUAAAUGAGGGCCAGAAUGGCCUGUUUUUAUAAUUAACUGAAUAAAGAAGGAAGAAUUAUUAUAUAUUAUCAUGGGGAAGAAUCAGCCAGUUUGCUUUUUCUCCAAAGGUGUGAAACUUUUAUUUUGUUUUAAAAAUAUGAGUCAAAACUCCUGUUUUGUGUGCCAAGGUAUAAAGUGGGCAGAGGAGCGAGAGGAACUAAUUUGUGUUGUUAUAGUAUGCUUUAAGAUUGCACUAUCUUAAUGUUUAAAAUAUGAAUGAGGGAACUGUGUUGUGUGAAGUUCUGUAUGUUGUCUUGUCACCUAUGGAUGGCUAUGAUGCCCCAGGAUCACCCUGGAGAGUCCACAGAGUUAUACAAGAAAGGUAUUUGGGAAUGUGUCCCCGUGUUUACCAAGUUACAUACAUUUUAAAAGUGGUAUGUUGCAAGAACUUGCAGCCAGAAGCAGGGCACUACUGGAGUUAUUUGGAGAGGUCGGUGAAAAAGAAACACCUGCAUUGUGUAUCAAGUGUCACGCAAAGUGUCACGCAAAGCUAGCCUUAUUCCCAGCAGUGUCAGCAGCUUAGACUUUUUUUCACUGUAGCAUGAAAUAUAUUCAGAUACAUACCUUAUUUUAUGCAAUAAAUCGUUUAAAAUGCAAGGUGGUCAUUUUGUGUACUGCUGAAGUGUGUGGCACAGUGAGUCCUGUUGCCUCUCCUGUCCCAGGCAGCUCUGUUGAGUCCUGCAAGGAUGCUCUGUUCAGCACCUGGCACCAGCAGUUGCCCCCCCCCCCCCCCCGCCCCACCAAGCCCAUUUGGUUUCCAAAGUGCCAUGCUGGUGAUGGUUCCUUGUGCUUAAUAUGCCCCUGGGCCUGACUGAGGGGCAAGUUUGGCAUAAUAAGCCAUUCUAUAUCACCAGUGUUGUAUGUUAAAGGAAUCCAGUGCAGACCUACCAGACUCGUGCCACAGACUUACUUCUGCCUAGCCAGUCUUUGAAGUGUGGUCACCUAGCAAACGGAGAUAUGUGGGUGAGGGUGUGACUCAGGACAAGGCAUGGCAGGCAGAGUUGCAGCUGGACAAUGGCUUCUCAGUACUUGAAGUCAGUUUACCUUUGCUAAUGUUUAUAAACAACUAAAAAAAGAAACCCAACGACUUUCUUCUGCAGAUAUAAGUGCCAGCUCUGUAACUGCACCAUGGGGGGCUCAUCUGCAGUGGCAGGGUUUCUUUCUGGUGGUUUGGCCUCUGCUUGUAACAGAAUGAACCGGAAUGGAGAUGCAGCAGCAGUUUGACACCAAAUCAGUGUGCGUGUGUGCGUUACUGUUUCCAGAGGUGAUUAUAUGAGGUGAUUCUACUCUUUUCUGAGAACUAGAGAUGGUUUGAAGCCCCCAGUCCUUCUGACCCCAGGCUUCUCAUUUCUGCUUAUCUCAGUAGGCAGGCCACCGGCAUGGUCUGAGGCUUGAAAUCUCCAUGGGAUUUAUCUGUUUCACACAGUAGUAUCCAUAGGAAUACUCACAGUCAACAGGAGAGAGGACAGAAAGGCAACAGUUGUUAGCUCAUGCUUUGACACUGCUUGGAAGGGUGUACACGUGAGGGUCCCUGGGACUCUGGAGUUGCUUUUCUGUUGUGUCUGGUGACAUUCAGUGGCCUCUCAGGCUACAGGUUAACUGGGCCAAAGAUCACCUUUCCCACUUCCUUGAGACCUCCUGAAAAGUUUCUGGCUCCUGGUGACUUAUGUUUCCAGACUAUGCUUGGAUGGGGCCCUGAGAUAAAAUGGCAGAGAAGGGAGGUACAUGUCCUCACUGGCACCACACUGGUAGGGGAAGGUGAGAUUGUGGUUCUGCCAUUCCAAAUCUUAGCUGUAAUUUUGAUGAAGCUGGUGAUCCUACCCUUCAGUUUCAGCUCCAAAUGGCUUCUCAGUCCUUAUUUUAGCCUAAUUUUCUGCCAACUGUGAGAAAGAGCUAAGAUCAGAGCUUGGCAAGCAUACAGACAUUUUGUAGAUGGCAACAAUCUUGUUAAAACAUUGGGUACCCCAGAGGAUUGCCCUUUUAGUGUACACACACACACACACACACUCUCUCUCUCUCUCUCUCUCUCUCUCUCUCUCUCUCUCUCUCUCUCUCUCUCUGUCUCUCUCUCUCUCUCUCUCUCUUUCUCUGUUUCUCCAACUGUGACUUUUAAGUCUUUGAGGCUGGGUCUCUUUAAAGAAUUAGUUUAAAAGCCAAAGCCAACGUCAUUACUCCAUUUCUCUCAGCACAGGGAGAAGAUUUAGAUCAUAGCCUUCUAGCUGAAGUUCAUUCCAUGCUGUCUCCUGCAACUGUGAAGACAUAGCUUACACAGUGGGGGCUGUUGUCUUUCAAAAGGCCGAGUUCUUAGAACCCGAGGGUUCAGAACCCGAGGGUUCAGGUUAGAAAGUGGCGAGUUUAGGCAACUAACAAUAGGUUAUGAUAGAUUAUUCCCGUGGGGCACUGCAGUGAAGGUUUGCAUUGUUAGAAGAAGCAGUCCUGGGCAGGCCACUGACUUAUUUGUUGUCUCAUGGAUUUCCAGGAAUAUGACCUACAAGACCUACAAAUCCAUCUACUGGAGUUCAAUCUUUUGGCCUACAAUUGCUUUUUCAGAAACUCUAUAAACACAGAAGCAACAUUUAACACAAGAGAUUUCCCCUAGUAAUUUUUAGCUCAAACCCAAGAGCCAAGAAUGAGGAGCCAAAUUGGGAUGGAUGCCUUUUCACACAGACAUGGGAAUUCAGUACAAAAAAUAUUAUUAUUCUUUUGAAAUUCUAGGUAGCUCCAUUUGAUCUUCAUCUUUAUUUUAUUGGGACCAAAAGAGGAAGUACCUUCAGAAAGCUGCUUUGAUAUAGAAGAAUCUAUUCAUAUACCUGCCGUUCUCAUAGGUGUAGUUUUGUUUUACAUCUCUUAUCCAACUGUUCUUUUAGGAAGACUCCUGGGUUAGUCCUUUGAAGACACCCUCAAGCUCUAUUACUGAAGACACCCAUGUGGCCUCUGUUGUGUUCUGCCAACCCUGCUGUCAAUAGGCAUGGCCAUUCCUGUACACCACGAACUGGCCUAUGGAGACACAAUAUGCAUGCUGUGAAUGUGCUUCCAGAGGUUUGCUGCUUACGAAUGGCAGCUCUAUACCUCCUAAAAAUCUCAGCAGUCGGGGUAAGGGGAACAAAUGGGAAGAACACUUGCUUUCUGUUACCUUUUUGCUUUUCUCCCAUGGCAGUCACCCAUCAAGACUUGCUUGUACCCUAAAAUCCCAAGCAGCUUCAUGGUUUCCUUAGAUUGUACUGACUCCAACAAACCCCGUGGUGUGGUCGCCAGUAGCUGUUCACAGUCCUUGGAGAUAUGGACAAAUCACAAUAGGAUUCUCAGUCUCCCAUAGUCCAUGGGUGUUAGGAACAAAGACGCCAUUUGAUAGCUGGCUUUGUUAGCUGGCUGUAGCACAAGACUGAUAGUGGAGCACAGGGACAUCUUCCCACCCCAUCUUUACACCUAGGUGUGCUGGAGAUCGUGUAACAUGACAAGGUUAGCCUAGACAGAUGAUGUGGCUGCCCAUGCCCUUUUGGUCCCUAGCUCUGCAAGUCCAUCUCUAAGCAGCCAGGUGCCUCCUGUUCUGAUGCCACAUGUAGGACCCCAGCCCCAGAGUGCAAUGUUCACCUUUGUUGUGCCUCACUUGAAAUGGUGCUUCAACUGUUUGCUUUUAUUUGUAAGGUGCUGUAUAUACAUUGAAUAUAUGCACAUACUCUACCCAAUGGGUAGAACAAGAAAUUAAUACUGUAAUAUAUUGUAUACUUGUUUUACCAGAAAUGGCAUAGAACUUAUGAAUGCCUAUGUACUCCACCUUUUGGAAGGAAACUUGCAAAUGAUUACAGAUAGUCUGUGUAGUUUAUUUUCCUAUUGAAUAUAUUAACACCAUGGAAUGAAGUCUGAACAAGCAGGCAGCAGCUUAUGACCAGCACACACACAGGAACUGAGUUGCACCUUUGCUCUGAAACCCUUUAGCAGGUUCUAAGAAGUUUUUAUUUUAAUCCCUUUAGAAAUAGACCAGUUUGACUAUAUUUUAGUGGGGAGGGAGGUUGCUUUUUCAGCUUGUCCUGUCGCAGGCCUUCUCUCUCCCUGUUGUGUCAGUGUCAGGCCUCAGUGGGAUGUGCAAACCUUUGAAGACACCCACGGUGUCAGGAAAGUGAGUAACCUACAGCAGUGGCUGGCUAUUCAGCCUCAGGGCACUUGUGACCAUUUGUGUCCCCUGUUUCUGUGCCUUGUCUUAUAAAUGGAAGCUAUGGAGCCAAUGAACUGUCCGGAAUUUGUAGGGAGAGUGUGCCUCAGAAAACAUCUAUCGGGGAAUACUAUUAGGGUAGGGAAAAUAUUUUGAGUUGUCAUUAGAGAAUUGCCCACCAGUUGCGUACAGAUGCGUAGGUCCACUCCUAUUGUGUUCUGUGGUGGUCUUGACCUCUAAAACAAUUAGGUGCUACGAUCAGGUAGGAGGUCCUACCAUCAGUUAGGUUACAUGUAAGGCUGCAUGAAAACUUACAUUUCUCUCUUACAGUUCCAGUUUAGUUUUUAGUGUCCAAUUGGCACUUUAAGUUCCUUUGUUUCUUCUUCUCCUCCUCCUUCUCCCGCUUCUCCUCAUUCUUCUUCUCUUUCCUUCCCUCCCUCCCUCCCUCCCUCCUUUCCUCUUUCUCUCUCUCUAGUAUAGAAGCCUUGAUGUCCAUUAAAACCAUCAUGAAUACUAUGCUAUCCAUAAAGGCAAUCCAUGGAAUGCUGGCAUCCAAUCUAAUCCAGUAUGUCACCAGGUGAUAUUUGAUUAAUUCCAUGCUUCUUAUUUGUUCUGUGAUAUGUGCUCUGACUUUGAAAGUCAGGAAAAAUUGCCCCAAGCUAUUACUAAUUAUUCUUAAUAUGUAACUCUUAAUGCCAGUUUGCUCCUCUUUAAUGCUUGCCUGCGAGAGCUGGGCAACAAUGACAGUGGAUACCUCUAAAUCCCAUCCAAGACGAAGUUAAAUGCCUGUCUACUGCAGGACACACCCUCAGGAUUCCUGAGGUCUAGAGCCGAGGAUUGAUUGCUGUCAGAAAAUGGGCACUCUGAGCACCAGAAUGUUCUGGACUCACGAGUGAGAUGUGUGACCAGCCAGACUGCUUCCUGCAGACCCAGCCCUGGCUGAGCAUUUCUCUCAGUGAUGCUGGUUCUGUCUGCAGUGCUUGCCUUUCAAAAAUCUGUUUCAACCAAUAUCCUUGAGUAUAACGCUGUUUUAAAAAUAUAUACACUACCCACAACAUUUAGUUCAUUAAUUUUUAUUAUAAAGAAAUCUACUAAAAAAGUACAACUGUAUUUGCAUCUUCCAACCCUUUGUGAGCUAUGAUAAUCAGAAGUCAAAGAGUCCCUUUGUGUUUAAAUGACCAUAUGCUUCCUCUUUACCAUAAUUCCUGGUUAUAUACGGGAAAUGAUUCACAACUGUCAUCCACCUGCAUCUUUUGCCCAGGUGGUGAUGCAGUUUAGACUUCAGGUCUGUAAUUGCAAUACUUUUGAUGAAAGAUGUUGCACAAGUGCUGUUUGUUAGUUAUGAAAUCAGGUUUCUGCUUGUUCUUAAUGCCAUGGUCAAAUCAUAGCACAAAAUCAUUAAAAAUAAUCAGUGACAAAUAA